AUGCUGCAUGGAGAAGGGCGCGGUAAGAAGCACCAGUGUCCUCAUUGCGGCAAGCGAUUCAAUCGCCCCAGCAGCAUGAAGAUCCACGUAAACACGCACACGGGAGCAAAACCAUAUCAGUGCCCAUAUCCAGGAUGUGGUCGUGAAUUCAAUGUCAAUUCAAACAUGCGUCGCCACUGGCGGAAUCACACGAGACUGUCUGCGAGCCACCACUUGGCUGACAUGGAUGGGCGUGGUCCAUGUGACCAAUCCCCGUUCCCUUCGGAUAUGCUAGGCCACGGCCAGUCACUGGUCUCGCCACCUGCAACAGACUCAGAAGAAUCAGAAGACGAUCUUUCUGACGAUGAUUCCCACUACGCAAUGGACGUGUACGAGGGCUGCAGUAAAGAACAUAAGGAGGUUAAUCAUCCCAGUGGAUCAGGGUCGCAGAACACCUCGUUUUGGUCGCGAUCGCCUUCCCCAACCCGGAAAACUGCUUCUUAUAGUUAUCCCCGACCCCGUCCGCCUUCUUCUCUCGGUCCGUCGCCAUCGCACCCCACGGAGUACCUUUAUAGACCAUCAAACCCAGCCUACGUUCGCUCUUGCACAGAUUCCCGGGUUUCCACAGCCCUACGGCCUGCAUUCCCCUGUGACACCUCGGGUCGCGCGGUCGCAAGGCAGAACGGACCAGUCUCAAGUCGUUCAUAA